AUGUCCAUCACCAAAGUUCACGCCCGUCAGGAAAGCUCCCUUAUCUUUGAUUCUCGUGGAAACCCCACCGUCGAGGUUGACGUCUACACCGACAAGGGCCGCUUCAGAGCUGCAGUUCCCUCAGGUGCUUCCACCGGAAUCCAUGAGGCCGUCGAGCUUCGUGAUGGCGACAAAUCCAACUAUGUCGGCAAAGGUGUUCUUAAAGCCGUCGCUAACGUUAACGACACGAUCGCGCCAGAGCUCAUCAAGUCGGGCAUCAAGGUUACUUCCCAGAAGGACAUCGACGACUUCCUUAUCAAGCUCGACGGAACACCUAACAAGGGGAAGCUUGGUGCUAACGCCAUCCUUGGUGUAUCUAUCGCGGUAGCGGAGGCAGCAGCGGCCGAGAAGGGAGUCCCGCUCUAUCAGCACCUGGCCGAUCUUGCAGGCGUCAAGCCGCCUUUCGUUCUCCCCUGCCCUGCAUUCAACGUUAUCAACGGUGGAUCCCAUGCCGGAAAUAAGCUGGCGUUCCAAGAGUUCAUGCUUCUUCCGACCGGCGCAACUUCGUUCACGGAGGCAAUGAAGAUUGGUACCGAGACCUACCACACCCUCAAGAAGGUUAUCAGCGCAAAAUACGGCAUCGAUGCCGUCAACGUCGGUGACGAGGGUGGCUUUGCUCCCAACGUUUCUGGUGCUGACGAAUCCCUUGAACUUCUCUCUGAGGCUAUCAAGAAGGCUGGCUAUGAGGGUAAAAUCAAAAUCGCUUUGGAUGUCGCGUCUUCCGAAUUCUACAAGGAGGGGAAAUACGAUCUUGAUUUCAAGAACCCUAACUCCGACCCAACUAAGUGGAUCUCUGGUGUUGAACUCGCCGACCUCUACCUCGGCUACAUUAAGAAAUAUCCCAUUGUAUCCAUUGAAGAUCCAUUCGAUCAAGAUGACUGGGAAGCUUGGACCCACUUCAACGCCAACAGCGGCAUCCAAAUUGUUGGUGACGAUUUGACUGUCACCAACCCCCUCCGAAUCAAGACCGCCAUCGAAAAGAAGGCUUGCAACGGUCUGCUCCUCAAGGUCAACCAGAUCGGCACCAUCUCAGAGUCCAUUCAAGCUGCUCAGCUCGCCCAAUCAGAUGGUUGGGGAGUGAUGAUCUCGCACCGUAGCGGUGAAACCGAAAACACUGUCAUUGCUGAUCUCGCUGUUGCUCUUGGUGUCGGCCAAAUCAAGACCGGAGCCCCUGCUCGCAGCGAACGUGUCGCUAAAUACAACGCUCUCCUCCGCAUUGAGGAGGAACUCCCUGAUGCUUCCUUCGCUGGCGACAAGGGCCUGUCCGCUGGCCACACCCCUCCCGCCCUCCUUAAGAAGUAA